AUGAAAAACACUCACUCGUCGUUCUCUUGCCCGCACAUGAUUUGGGUAAACCCGUUCAUGGAAUCAGGAAGUAAUAAUUUGCAGCUGUUCCCCUGGUGAGAAACUUUCCUGUACUGGGGCAGUCGAAGCUUUUGUUUUGUAUCCGCAAAUAUAGGCUAUUAGAGUUACACACUGGAAAAUAUAAUAUUCGUGGACGGGAGCCUAUCUUUUGGUGUAAGUCUUUUUAGUGUGCCUUUUUAUUCUCUGAAAGUACCCGGAAGACUUGAAUUUGACACCUUGGCUUAGGUAGGGUAAGUAGAAUGGAUGUUCCUCACCUGACAGAAGAUGAAAUGGCAGAUAUUAAAAAGGAGGUCCUAACGAGGCUGCGACCGUACCUCUGUGACAAGAUCCGGGUCGACCGCCAUUUUGACUACCUGCGCUCGCGCAAGAUCCUUACGCGGGACGACACAGAGGAGAUCAGCUGCAGGAGCACGCAGAGUAAACGGACAGGCAUGCUGCUGGACUACCUGGCUGAGAACCCUCGGGGGCUGGACGCCCUGGUCGAGUCCAUCCAGCAAGGACGUACCCUCAACUUCAUCAUCACCAAGAUCACUGAUGAGGUGCAGAAAGUGAAGAAUGAGAGGAUAGAGGCUCUCAGAGCAGGGGCAUCCAGUUCCUCCUCGGGCUUCCUGCCAACCCAGGACACAUCCAGGGCCGCUAAAGACCUGUCCAGGAUGCUGUCAUAUGAAACCAACCUGGCAUCCACCAUACCGUACAACGGAGAAGGGAGCCCAUCCACCUCUGACGCCCUAAGAUCCCUCAACCUGCCCGCUGCCUCCAGCCAAGGGAAGGAGGUGUCAUCAUCCAUGGGAGGAGAUAGCAUGGUUGCGUCUUCAUCCCAGGCCUCGUCCAAACUGCCCAGGCCUGGAGACCCAGGAGCUCCCCACCUGCCACAGGAGGCCUUAUCUAACAUGGAUGCUGGACCACACAGGAGCACAGCGAUCAGCGGAGGGGACGCCAACUUCCAGCCCCUGAGGUCACGCUCCAUCCCCCCUACUUCCACAUCAUACAGGGACCUCUCGCCUCGGCCCCCACCGAAAUCUUACUGAGGAUCGCCCCUUGCCCUGGAAUGUCUCCCACAUCAUUACUCAUCAAACAUUCACACUUCAAUUUUAUUGUUUGUACCAGUUUGUGUUUUCUCAAGGGUUUUAGUUCAGUGAUACGUCAAACAAAUAGCAACUCGUAAAGUAUAUUCCAUGCCUUACAUUAUACUCGGGAUUAUUAGAAAGCUGGACACGCUUAUUUCGAAUUCACUGAAGAAACCAUACAAGUAACUACUUACUAAUCAUGUCUCAAUCAUAAGCUGUACCUUCAUGAAUUUUACUCUGCUCCUAUCAAGUCAUAUUUCAUAAGAUGCCCCUUACCCACAGAGAGACAGAUUGAGAUAGCUACACGUUAUCCUGAACUUGGACUAAAGUUGUAGGUCAUCAUUCUCCAUCAACACUACUGCUCAUCUAUUUUCCUAUGAAUUAUGGGUGUCUGAGUACUUCAUGAGAGACUGGCAUCAACAUGCCACAUCAUGAAUUAUGGGGGUGUGAGUUCUUCAUGAGAGACUGGCAUCAACAUGCCACACCAUGGCAGCUACAGUAGAGCUGUUUCCUUGUAAGGAGCCCAGAGCAUCAGAAGACAACUUCUCUGUAUUGACACAUAACACUGGAAUUAAUGGUUCAGCAUAUGCUUUAUGGUACACAAACUGUAGGCACAAACUUUGGUAGACCUACGCUGAAAUGGUUAAUGUUUUUACUCUAGACUAAAGUAUUGUUAUACUAUAGAUACAUUUUCUUAUUGUGAAAGGGCAUGAAUGUGUAAUGUAGUACAACGGUGUUACUUAUUAUUCAGAAAGUGAACUUUAAUACCUGCUAUUUUGAUAAUUGAUGUACCAGUACUUUUUAUAUUUGAGAUAUUGAAAAUGUAGACCUUCUAUAAAUAAAUCAAAGGAAUAUGAGACACAGGAGACAUUUCCUGUAAAA